GGGGCGGGUAGUGAUCGCUUCGCAUUCGUGUAGGGAGGACGACAUAUCGCCCUAUACAUUUUCAAUAUAUUUGCCUUUCAAUCGAUAAUCGCAAUAUUCAAUAAUGACCGGACGCGGCAAGGGUGGUAAAGGUCUCGGCAAGGGAGGCGCAAAACGUCAUCGCAAGGUGCUCCGCGAUAACAUUCAGGGAAUAACGAAACCCGCCAUCCGACGUCUGGCUCGACGAGGAGGGGUCAAGCGCAUCUCCGGUCUGAUUUACGAAGAGACGCGAGGAGUUCUCAAGGUCUUCCUGGAGAACGUCAUUCGCGACGCGGUCACCUACACGGAGCACGCCAAGCGGAAGACCGUCACCGCAAUGGACGUCGUAUACGCGUUGAAGAGACAGGGUCGCACGCUAUACGGCUUCGGCGGUUAAAUUCGACCAUCCCAGAGCGGACGUGGUGGGACAUUCGCAAAAAAAAAACGGUUCUUUUCAGAACCACCAAAAGAUUUUACAUGAGAAAAUUUGAGAAGGAGGCGUAACGGAAAUAAUAUUAAUUUAUCUCGCGACCCCAAUCCUCGGCGUGUCAGAGAUAAGUCUCGACGUUUAAUAAGGGCGAGUGUCGGUGACAAACUCCCCAUUUGAGACGCUGCGCUAUUCAGUAUAUUCCAUUAAACCGGAAAUUACCAUAUUUAUUUCGUUUGUUCAAUAAACGAUAACGCGAGAAACAGAAAAGUUAACCGGCGAAAUAGGUAAUCGCAGAUGCGAGUUACAUAAGCAAAAACGUGUUCUCUCUCUCUCGUACACAAGCCACCAUUAAAGAGUCGGAUGAUUAUAGAUAA